ACUAUUUGCCGAAAAUCAGACUUGGUCGAAAUGACAAUAGGUUCACGAACUGGUAAAUAUGAUAUUGCUAUAAGCAGAAUUAUUGAGAAAAAAAACGCAGGCAGCAUAUUCGAAUGAGCUCCUUCAUAUGACGAUAACAAGGAUUGGUUCGUUACGAAUAAACUGACAAAGAUAAUACGUGUCAUGAAAACGAAGUUGUAUAUCCUUCGUAGUUACGACUGUCAAUGGUGGUACAAGACAUCGGUGUCCGCAAGAACAUUGUGCACAUGCACAGAGAGACGACGGUUUUCAAAACUUGUUGUACCGACUCCGACCGGUCGGGUCACAUCUGACGUGCUUGAAUACCACGGGAAUUUACUAAAAUGGAUCUGUCAAGCAACCACCAAUCUUUUGCAUCAAUUGGCUCCAGACUUCUGUCGAACAAAAAACGUUUAUUGAAGCAAGAGAUUUUUUGGGAAAUUUUAUUGAAAAUAUGCCCGAAGGCAGUAUUGCAACAAUUUUUGUUGUGAAACAAAACGGCAACUAUAGAAACAUUACCAUUACACAGGAUUCUACAGACAUCAAAUGGAAAGAAGAAGUGCUAAGUAUCAACAACGUCGCAUCUGGAAAUGAAAUAUCCGCCACAAGGUUGAACUCCAAUACCAUCCAAUGCUUUCAUAAUUAUCCCCGCAAAAGGCCAAAACGAGCUAAGAUUAGCAUCAUCUUGACUGACCCAAAGGUUCAGAUUCUCGGUGCAUUUCGAGACGAGGGUAUUAAAACGUAUGUAGUAUUAUCUGGAAAAGCUACUACAGACAGAGAACCAUGGCCAGCUUUUGCUACAGACGAGGAACAUGUUUUCUUCCUAAAUGAAUCGAACAGAUUACAUGAGCUUCUGAACAAAGAUGCCCUAAUACUAUGUGGGAUUCAUGAGUACAUGGACAUUUAUUGCACGCCUUGCAGUGACCAUUGUUUCGCUGAUGGCGAUGAGCCAUUGUGUGCACCACGUUACACAUUAGUGUGUAAAUAUUACCUCCAGCAUUUACACGAAGCUGUCAAAACCGAGGCAACAACUCACCAAGUGGAAACGGGAACCACAACAACAAGACAAAACAAUACUAACGAUGCGAAGGAAACCAGCCAUGAUGAAGCUAAACCGACUUUGAUAUUGGCAAUUGUAAUUGCUAUCGGUGUUGUUGUUGUUGUUGUUGUUGCCGGAAUUGUGUUAUGGAGAAAGUGCAGAAACGCAACUCAUCGUGAAAAUGCUCCACAAGACAGGCCAUCUUCUGUCGCGUCAUCAACUUCUCGAAAUCAAAGCUACUUGUCGGUGGCCACUACCGAUGAAACUCCGUCCCGUGUAGGAGAUUCAACUCCGUCCAUUGUUUUGCCGCCAACUCCGCCAUAUAGGUCUCCUACCACUUCUAAGAAAACUCCACCCAGACGACCACCACCACCGUCCGAUAGAUCUUCAAUUUCGUCCAAUAUUACUUCCCCAAAUCCGCCUCAGAGACCUACAUCUUCGACUUUUGGGUCUACAACUGGAAUUCCAGUGGUUCAAGAUGAUGAUGCCACUAACGAGGAAGAAAACAUCAUGCUUCCACUAAAGCAUGUCCUAAAAGAGGCAGAUGUAUGGGGAGCCAGAGAUUAUCAGCCCGUAUCUGAUACACACGCAGGUGUGACACCAGUGCAGUAAUAUAGUUAUUGCUUUGGAGACAAGUUUGACCAUGAAACUGUGAGAGAAGAUAAUAUCUUGAGAUGAUGACAAAGUUGGAUGUUGUGGUCGAGAGGUAUCAAAAGAAGUUAACUGUUCUAUCACAAUAAAAAAAAGUAACCGAAACACUAUCAACUUACAUAAUGUGAAAAAGUGUCAUAAGAUAAGUACUGUUAAGGAAUUAGUACGAACUAUUGAGGGAAUUUAACAUUUAGACUUAAUAAUCAUCAAACUAAAAGCAGACCUUGAAAAUUCCAAAACAUACAAUGAUACAUUUCGAGGGCAAAGAGAAAGUACACAUAAGCACUUUCAAAUAAACCUUUUCCGGAUGUUCGAUACAAGAUACAAGACAUUUUAAUCAAAUAACAGUAGCUCUAUGACCUAUUGGCGGGUUAAUGAGAAAUUGUAUUGUUAAUCAAAAUUAGAACCCACGUUAUUUUUAUAUAAUAUAAUGAUAAUAUUAUAUUAUAUUGUUGUAUAAAUGUAUGUUUAAUUUUACUCCUAAAAUGUAUUUUUAACAGGGUCCGUGUUAAAUUACGUUUUUAGUCAAAAAUUAAACCGGUAUUUUUUCAUUUUAAUGACCAAUUUAUACAAAAAAAGCAAUGAUAAAAAAACUAACAAUAUAACUUGUAAAUACAAUGUAUAACAAUUAUUUACAAAUUUUAUGUCCAUAAUGACUGCAUCAAAUAAUUUUGAAAUAUAAGAAUUCGCUUUCCUAAGUCUGAGUUUAAAACUCAAGACGUUGGAGAAUAUGGGCCCUGUUUUCUUAACUACAAUAAAAAACAAUAGUUAUUUAUUUUUAUAAUACACAAGGCCACCGGCCCAAAAUACAUAUCUAUAAUGUUCAAAGAGUGAUGUAUAUUUUAUGUAAUGCAUGCACAAUAAAUAAUGACAGUACAUUUACAUAUAUCAUGCUCUGUAAGUUUUUAAACAGGAACAAUAAUAUAUAUAAUUAUAUAUAUAUAUUUAAUUUCGUUUAAGUAAGUCUCUCUUAAUUCAAAUGACAACUUCCAAGUACUUCGACAAUGUAUAUAUGCAAUGAAUUCGUUCAUCUGUCAACAACUGUACACAUUUUGUUUCACUGUUAACAAUAUUGUCCAUGUCAAGAAGAUAAAUUGUCCUUAAUUCCUCAUAUAGUGGACAAUCUGUAAGAAAAUGAAUCUCAUUUUCAACAACAUAUACGUUUCUCUUAAGGCAAAAUGUACAAAAUCUUAAGUCUUUUUCAAUAUUUAAAGAUCACCCUUAUUCAAUAUUUAAUGCAUGACUUGAACAUCUAAAGUUUGAUAAUAAUAUUUUAUAUUGAAACCCUGUAAAGUGGACGACUGAUAAGAUUAUUCUGAAUUGAAAACAUGAGAGAUACAAAUCUAAUUUGUCAAUUAUUAGAUUGCCAAUUUAUAAAUUUAACCUUUAAAGCUGCACUCUCACAGAUUGGCCAUUUUAACAACUUUUUUAUUUUUUGUCUUGGAAAGAGCAAAAUCUUGCGUAAAUGUCUGCAAACCAAUGAUAUAAGAUUGCUGACAAAAAAUCAGAUCGUAUAUUUUCAUAUUUCCGUUCGAAAAUUAAUGUUUUAUAGCUUAAACCAACGGUUUAAGCAAAAUGCAUAACACAUCAAUUUUUGAACUUACUAUAUAUAAAAAAUCUGCGAUCUGAUUUUUGGUCAGCAGUCUUAGUUUAAACAUAUUUAUUUUACAACGAUUGUGAAACAAGUUUGUUACAACAUUACAUUAAUCACUCUCGUUGCCACGAUUUUACGCGAGAGUGUGGUCUUGUGUUGUGGGGGAAACCGGAGAACCCGGAGAAAACCCACUUGUCCGGCUUGGUGACCACGAACCAAACUCACAUGCGCCCGAGCCGGGAAUCGAACCCGGGUCGCCUAGGUGAGAAGCGAGUGCGCUAACCAUUGCGCUAACCGAACAACCAUAGCAGUCUUAUAUAACUUGUUUCCUUGGAUUGUUACAAAAAUUGGUUCGUUCCAAGAGUUUUUUUUUAAAAAGUUGUUAAACGUUCGAUCUGUGAGAGUGCAGCUAUAAGUGAUAUGAAUGGCGUUGCUAAUUGUGGAAUCUGUAUUUUGACAUCUUAUUUUACAUUCGGUGUUUUGUCUCUAGCUUAUGUCUCUUUUUGCAUCACUGCUUUCUUGCCUAAAGUCUUCAUACAAUCGUUUGUUCCAGUCUUUUUUACAUUUUUUCAAAACAGAGUGUUUAAUAUAAAAAAUAGUCCACUUAGUAUACUUGUAUCAUUCUCUUGCGUGGAUGUAAAAUAGUUUUAUAAGUUUAACAUUAGCAUUUGAAGUGGUAAUAUUAUUCAAAAUUUAAUUCACCAAAAUAAACAACAAUAUCCAUCCGUGUAAAGCAUAUCCAUGAUUAUAACUAAAUCCAAUUUAGUUUGUUCAAUGAAAAAAGGGAAACGCACAGGGGCGGAUCCAGCAUUCCACGUUAGAGGAGUGUAACUAAGGGUGUAAUAUUUUGAAAUAUAUACGCCUUUCUCUUUAGAACCGAAAUGAAUUUGGCUUUAAAUGUUGGCAGGUAGGUUGGGAGGUUGGGCGGGGAAAGGGGGGGGGGUACUCC